ACAAACCGCCUGAGUUAAUUCAGGUAGUGACUGAGAAUAUUGGCCCGUUGCCGCUUGUGUUCCGUGGCGGAGAUGCGGGAAAUGCACACGUGUUUUGGGAAGCCACAAUGUAAUUUAGGAGACCUAUCUUUUCUGAGUUGGACGUAAUUAUGAAUUCACACGGUGGUGUGGCAACACUCUCCAACUCCUGAGGGAAAAGUAUAUUAGCUGACGCUGAGUGUCAGUGUGAAAAUGGGAUGGGCUCUAAGCUCCUUUGUGGGCGUGCGACAAUAGAGGAGGUUGCUGCGAAGGUGUUAUCGGAACGAAGCAUCACUUUAUGUGCCCAGCGCGCAAGGAACGGAAUGGAAAGACUGAAGUUCUUCUGCUGAUUCUCAGACAAGCCUCUUAACAAAGCUACAAUCCGUAAGGAAUACACGUUUAAAUACAGAGGAUUAUUCAGACUGCCGUCCCAAGGAAUACUACUUCAGCCCCAACGGCGACUAUUUCCCUCCCCGACAUCGCCAACGAUACGCUGGCGCUGGGAACCGCACAGACAAGAAGAAUAUACCGGACUAAUAGGUCUAUGGCUGUCAAAUGCGGAGGGGGUAAUUCACUGUGUUUGCGAAAACGUACGGUUGUGUUUAACCCUACCUUAUAAAUAAAAGAAGAAUGACUCCACGGGCGAUUUGAGGUCGCGAAAACUGUCCUCAGUAGCCUACAGCUCAAUUGGACAACCUGAAUUCAAACCAAAUUUUGCGAUUUCGGUGAGGCAUUUUAACUGUCUUGCAAAAAGCGAUUGCUUGGUCGAUUUUUUUAAAAGGGGGCAGCGCUGCUUUUGCCCAAGCUCUGAGCAGGUGUUUGAACGAAUCCUUUUCGCGUCUGACGAAGUCUUUGGAGCAGGAAAUUGUAAAGAGAGGAUCAGCUGGACACAAAGGAAGUAUCAAGCCAUGGGGAUCAAAGCCCUUCUUAUUGCGUGUGUAAUGCUUGCUGGUACCGGCUCAGCUAAGCGUGUGGUGACGGUCCAGAGCGGCCCGCUGAUCCGCACAGAAGGGUCCCACAUGACCAUCUGGUGCAACGUGACGGGCUACAAAGACGGCGUGGAGCAGGACUUCGAGUGGUCCAUGUACCUGCACUCGGCCCCGGACCGCGAGAUCCGCAUCAUCAGCACCAGCCAGCCCAACUACGCCUACAGCGUGUACGCCCAGCGCGUCAACCGCAAGGACAUCUACGUGGAGCGGCUGGCCGGGGACUCCGCCCUGCUGCACAUCACCAAGCUGGAGGCCAAGGACCAGGGCCAGUUCGAGUGCUACACCCCAAACACGGACGGGCACUACCUGGGAUCGUACAGCGCCAAGACCAACCUGACCGUGAUUCCGGACACCCUGAGCGUCACCUCCGUGGGACAGACCCUGAGCAAAGUGGAGGGGGACACGCUCCAGCUGGCCUGCGAGGUCUCCAGACAGACCCCCCAGCACACGCACCUCUCCGUGGGCUGGUACCUGCGCUCCCCCAACCAGAGCGCCCCGCCCCAGGACCUGGUCACCCUGUCCCGGGACUUCGUGCUGCGCGCGGGCGGGCCCUACAAGCAGCGCUUCAACACGGGCGACGUCCGCCUGGACAAGACCAGCAGCGCCACCUACAAGCUGACCAUUUACAGGCUGCAGCCGGCCGACCAGGGCCUGAUCUACUGCGAGGCCGCCGAGUGGAUCCAGGACCCCGACCGGUCCUGGUACGCCAUGACCCGCAAGCAGUCGGAGAAGACCUCGGUCAAAGUGCAGCCCACAGACCGGGACUUCAGCAUCCAGGUGAGCACGGAGCGCCGGGCCUACGCGGCCGGGGAGAGCCUGGAGCUGCGCUGCUCCAUCGACGCGCAGAGCGUCCAGGACCGCUACUUCUCCGUGUCCUGGGUGUUCAGCAGCUCGCCCGUGGCGGUGGUGGGCCCCAGCGCCGUGCCCGUGCUGAGCGGGGAGUACGCGCGCCGCGAGGCCGCGGGUCAGCUGACCGUGCGCAAGGAGAGCCCCGCCGUGCACCUGCUCAAGCUGCGCUGGCUGCGCCCGGAGGACACGGGCAAGUACAUCUGCAGGGUCACCGAGAGGGAGAAGAUGCCCUCCGGGGACUUCAUCGACAGGAGCAAGAGGUCCCGCAACGUCCAGAUCUCUGUCCAGCCCUUAAGGAGCAACAUCACCGUGUCGCUGUCCGCCAACUCCACGGAGGUCCUGGAGGGUGACCCCAUCCAGCUGGUCUGUUCCGUGCGGGGCGCCAUGGAGACGGCGAGCAGCCUGUCCGUCCUGUGGCAGUGGACGGACGGACCGGGCGACGCCCCGCCGCAGGACCUGGCCGCCGCGGACCGGGAGGGGACGGUGAGGCCGGGCCCCUCGUACCGCGAGCGGAGCGCGUACGGGGAGAUCUGCCUGGACCGCGUCCGGACCGACACCUUCGCGCUGUCCGUGUACAACGCCCUGCCCGGCGACGCGGGGCAGUACCGGUGCACCGUCACCGAGUGGGUCCCGGCGCCGGACGGCACCACCUGGGAGAGCAUCGGGGAGACGACCGCGGUCAAUUCGGUCAACGUCAAAGCAGUCGAAUCCUCCUUCUUCGUCGCGGCUUCGUCGCGGACGCCCAGCGUGACGUACGGCGACUCCUUCGACCUGCAGUGCAUCGUGAAGCCGCGCUACAACGCGCGCGUGCCGGUGAUGGUCACCUGGCACUUUCAGCCCGCGGAGGACGCGGGCGGCAGGGGCGAGUCGCGGGACCUGGUGACGCUGACGCAGGAGGGGACGCUGCAGUGGGGGGACCACCUCCUGGGCCUGGGCACGCGCGCCUCCAUAGACAAGUCCCCCACGAACAGCAACUUCAGGCUGAGGGUGAACCGGGCGGGUCGCCGGGACGCCGGGACCUACCAGUGCACCGCCCAGCUGUGGAGGAGGAACUACGACAGCACCUGGACCAAGGUGACCAACCGCACCUCCAACCUGCUGGGCAUCAAUGUGCUGAAGCCAGCGAGCAAGCUGCGGGUCCACAAGGCCAACCAGAGCCUGUGGUUCGUGGAGGACAGCCGCGUGCGGGUCAACUGCUCCGUCGCGUCCCAGACCAGCCCGGACUCCCAGCACACGGUCCUGUGGUACGCCCGGAAGAACGAGGAGCCCGACGACGCCCCCGAGCUCCUCCUGAAGAUCAACCACAACUCGGCCUUCGAGUACGGGGCGUACGCCGAGGAGGAGCGCCUGAAGAGCCGGGUGCAGUCCGAGCGGCUCUCGCCCCGCCUCUACGGCCUGACACUGCACCGGGCCGAGACCAGCGACAGCGGCGUCUACUACUGCCUGGUGGAGGAGUGGCUGCUGGACCCCGACGGCGCCUGGUACCAGCUGUCUGAGGACUCGUCCGGAUUCACCCAGGUGGUGGUGAAGCAGCCAGAGAUCCGGCUGCGGGUGGAGGAGGCCGAGUCCAACGUGACGGCGAACGAGGCCGCGUCGAUCCGGCUCGGCUGCAGCGUCACCUCCCAGUCCGCCAAGGACUCCCGCUUCUCCGUGUCCUGGUACGUGGUCCGGGCGGGAGACGAAGAGGAGGAAGAGGACGGCGAGGGGGAGCUCGAGUGCAUCUUCUCCAUCGGGCACGACGCUGUGUUCGGGAACGGGAACUGCAGCCCUGCCGAGGGCGCUGGGCCAGACUCCCGCCUGCAGUUUGAACGGACGACCUCUGACCUCUACAGCCUCACCAUUCAGAGAGCACGGCCCAGCGACGCUGGCAAGUACUUCUGCCAUGUGGAGGAGUGGCUGCUUAACCCUCGAAAUGCCUGGUACCGCCUCGCCACCAACAACUCUGGGGUCACCAUCAUCAAUGUGCUGGAGCAGGUGUCCUCUCUCCAGUCGAUCGUCUGCUCCAACGACUCCCUCUUCUACUUUGUCUUCUUCUACCCCUUCCCCAUCUUUGGCAUCCUGCUCAUUGCGUUGCUGCUGGUGCGCUACAAGGCCCGCAGCUCCAGCAAGAACCAGGAGGGCAAGAAUGGCGCCCCCUUGCUGUGGAUCAAAGAGCCGCACAUCAACUACUCCCCCACCUGCCUGGAACCCCCUGCCCUCAGCCUGCACCCCGGUAGUGUAGAGUAAGCCCCCCCCACCCCACCCUACCCACCCCCCCCUGGUACAGGAGGAAAACACCUAGAAGAUCCGUGGGCUUCUCUGAGCCCCGAGCCUGUCACCACUGUGUCAAAGCUGUCCAAACCGUCCACACAUCUUUCCUGCAGUGUAUUUCUGAGGGCCUCCCGGCCCUUUCACUAAUAAUUGGAAGGGUCAUCUUCGGCAGAUUCACUUUUUCUCUUUCUAUCAUGUUUUGCUGUGUGAAGUCCCUCCCCCCUCCCCCCCCCCACAGCCUCCA